UGUUGUUCAGACGUAUAUUGUAGGGUAAAUACUACGGCCGUUCCCCCUUGUGUCCGACUCAGUAGCGGUGAACGCACGAGAAUAAUCGGAAAGCAGAGCACGACCAGGGAUAAAUAACGUUUGAUUAGCACCGGGAUUUGAGACAUCAACUUUAGUUUACGGCGUUCUCUUAUUCAAGACUAAAUAUCAGUUUUUGGGCCAAACUCUUUCCCGCUGGGAGGUCGCUGGAGGGAGAGAGGGACUGGGUGAGCCUUAGUGGUUGGACUGAACGGUACCGCACCGCAUCACAACCCGCAUCAGCAGCUGACCGAGAACAAGAACCAUCGACGUUUGCCGGUUGCGUCUUCAAGGGUGACCGCUGCUCCUUCCUCCUUCUCACCCGACACCCGUACCCCGCCACCCGUACCCCACAGGGAAGAGGUGGUGCGGAGAAUGCGAGAAGAUGAGCCAAAAGGAUACAUUGGUUCAUUUAUUUGCAGGAGGGUGUGGGGGCACGGUAGGGGCCAUCCUGACGUGUCCUCUGGAGGUGGUGAAGACGCGGCUGCAGUCCUCCUCCGUCACCUUCUACGUCUCCCAGGUGACCCUCAGCUCCGUUAACGGGGCCAGCCUGGCCCGCGUGGCCCCGCCUGGACCGCUGCACUGCCUCAGGUUGAUCUUGGAGAGAGAGGGGCCUCGCUCACUCUUCAGAGGACUAGGACCCAAUCUGGUGGGUGUGGCACCAUCCAGAGCCAUCUACUUUGCUGCCUACUCCUCCACCAAGGAGCAGCUGAACACUCUGCUAGAACCAGACUCCACCCAGGUGCACAUGCUGUCUGCUGGCCUGGCAGUCCAUUUCCCAGGGUUCACAGCGAUAACGGCCACCAAUCCCAUCUGGCUUAUCAAGACCCGCCUACAGCUGGAUGCCAGGCACAGGGACGAGCGGCGCCUGAACGCUCUGGACUGCGUGCGGCGUGUGUACCGCUCUGACGGUGUGCGGGGGUUCUACCGCGGCAUGUCUGCGUCAUACGCCGGCAUCUCGGAGACGGUGGUGCACUUUGUGAUCUACGAGGGGAUCAAGCGGCACCUGCAGGAGCGCCGGGCUAAGGGCGGGGCGCUGGGCGACGAGGAUGAGGCGGUGAAGGACGCCUCUGACUUCCUGGGGAUGAUGCUGGCCGCUGCCACGUCCAAGACUUGCGCCACAUCCAUUGCCUACCCCCACGAGGUGAUCCGGACCCGUCUGCGUGAGGAAGGAAGCCGGUACCGCUCUUUCUUCCAGACGCUGCUGGCUGUGCCCAGAGAGGAGGGCUACCGAGCCCUGUACCGGGGCCUCACCACACACCUGGUCCGCCAGAUCCCCAACACCGCCAUCAUGAUGGCCACCUACGAACUGGUCGUCUACCUACUCCACCAGUAGACACACACUUCCUGUCUGGGGAGGAAGCAGGAAGUACUCCCUUCCUGUCUGGAGAGGAAGCAGGAAGUGGCUAUAUUACUUCCCGAGCAGGGGGACAUCCAAGAUGGAGACCAAAGGAAAGUGUAGAGGACCAUGAUUAGGAGUAACCCAGACAUACCUCCUACCCCCCCCCCCCCCCCCCUGCUAAGGACCCUUACUGGAGGCUACAGUCUGGAGAGGAGGAUGAGAAGGAGGGAGGGAGGGUCAGUCUUCUAAAGAACCAUCCAACUGGAACAGAAAACAGCAGUGGCCUUAAAUGACUUGUUGGUUCCUCUCUGUCUGGGGGGGAGAGAUGGAGAGAGGAAGAGAUAUGGAGGGUUUUUUUCUCUCUCCAUCUCUCCGAGAUGGAUGGGAGACAGUGAGACACAGAGAGCAGUGUGCCUCCCCUCCACUAGGGGGCAACAUCAUAUCAGGCAUGGCUACUGCAGCCUCAUUUAGGACGAUGGGAGAAGGACGUAUUAGAUGAUGACGGUUGUUAUGGAGACAGACAGUCUCUCUGUCUGUCUGCCUGUCUUUCAUUUCAGUGUUUUUGGAAAGUUCUGGUUUGUGUUGUCUGACAUCUGGUGGUGAGGGGGGAGUACUGCAUGGUGACUGUGGUUUUUUUGGCAACCGUUGCUCGUUGUGAAACCAACACUACAACUACCUGAAGGUGACCUGUUGAAGCCUCGGAGCCUGUCUCCACAGUGUGUGUGUGCGCGUGCGUGUGUGAGUGCUCCACAGUGUUCCUCUAACCACUAACCCAUUAGAGAUUCUUUCACGUCCUCCUGUCCCCAGGGACUUCUGGUGUGCCUGUCUUGGGCUUGUGCUUAACAUAUAUAUAUUCUUCUGUGGACAUUUUUAUUCUUGUAUGAUAUUAACGAGUAUUACUGUAAAUGCAAAACGAUAUUUUGCUCAAAUGCAGAUAUUGUACAGUUUAAAGAGUUCUAAUUGUGUUUAAGAAAUCCAGUUGUGUAUAAAAUGUGUGUAUAAAACUUGUGUAUAUAAGUUUAAUUUCAUAUUGAAUGUGUAAACUUUAGGAUAUGUAUCAUACUGUAUUAUAUUAUAUUAUAAUGUAUUACUACAAUAUUUGUAUGACGGUUUCAGUUGAAUAUUUUGAAACUGUUUCACCGGGGUGUAUUGUGUGUGAUGUUAUGUUUUAGAUUUUCUUUUUCAUUUGACAUCAGUGUUGGUUUUGGGGCUAUGGUGGGAAAUCUGACAGGUUGGACAAAGACAUAACGCCAACUCUGGGCUAUGUUCUAAGUGAGCGGAAUCCAAGGCCUUUAGUCGCUCUGAACCGGUCCAUCAACACGUAAACCGCGGGACCUGCUGGCUAACGCUAGUUAAUCCACAGCCUUGUGAAAUUGGACGCCCCAUAAUGAACAUAAACGGCUAGCUACAUUUAGGCUACGGCUAGCUCUGCUGUGGUUAGCUGGUAACAUGUGCUCUAGCUAGCUGUACUGUUGUUAGCUAGCUUGCCGUAGCGACAGAAAGCUACAAUUUUGUCAACACGCCACAAAGAGCUGGGACUGGGAGUUGAGAAGUAUAGCUCCGUUCCCGGCCGCAGCCGAUGUUCAUAUCCAACAGCCCAGGCCUAACUUGGCCGUUUCAGGUUGCUGGCUCACCUCACAGGCUGGAAACCUGAAACGGCAGCGGUUAACAUUUCCUGUCCAGUAUACCGUAAACGAUCUCCGAUCGUUCUGGAAUUCAAAACUGUUUGGAUUAGAAAAGACUCGGAAGCCGGUAUCAUGUUUAACAUGUAGGCUAUAUCGACCCCACUUUGUAGUUCGCUGGAAUCUGGACUGGGAGAAAAUCCACACUGCCAAAAACGGAAUGUUUACAGAUCCUGGACAACUGAUGAACACUGAUGUAGUCUAAUUAGUUGCAUUUGGGGUUUUAAAAUGUUAAAGGCCUACAAUUGUAGGCUACAACUGGAACAAUAGACACAAUUAAUUCCGUGAUUUGGAGGAACACAUGAGCCUUUAAAAUAAACCUUGAUGUAAGACAUCGGCCUACAAAUUAGGCGUGUUUAUUUGGAGCGAUAUUUUUUCUGUCAUU